UUCGCGACAGCAAAACACUACGCAAGCGUUUGCAGCCGGCAGAUACAGCGGGUUCGUCGUCUGCUUGCCUCGGUGUCUUUUGAAGUCUCUUGUAGUGUAGUCUUGAUUCCCCCCAAUCGAUAGAAGUUGCUCCAGAGUUUUCGACGUCUAGUGCGAUAUAAGUAAUAUGAGUGCAAGAAUGAAGAUUAUCUAAGUUCAAAACGACAAAUUGUGCCAUUUUCAACGAAAAAAUAUCAAGUGCUGAUGGACUCAGAUAACGUGAAGUGCAUAUAUCGUUCGUGAAUUGCUGCAAAAGAGUCCAUGAAGAAGCUCAUUGCGGCUUCCAUCAUCAGAAGAACAUAACGAUAACGUUCCCUACGUCGCAACAUUUAUGGUUCAUAUUUUGCGUGCCCUCGGUGAUUAACGAUAAAGAAAAGUGGAAGUGAAGUGAACUGCGCUGUACUGUUGCCAUUGUGUCCAAGUAGCAUCCCGCCCGCCCGGAAGGAGAGUCACGCCGCCGAAACAAAAGUGGAUUUGAACAUCACAGGGAUGCCAGAUGUGGAGCAUGUUUGAGAACAUUUAAAAUGAAGAUGAAGUUAGUUUUGUGAGGGCACUUUAGAAAAUUCUAAAAAUAUGUGAGCUUUUCGUAAUAUAUAAAAACUGUUGUAGCAAGUUGCGAACCUAAAUUCUGGCUCGGUGAAUUUGGGUUCUGAAAUAAUUAAACACUUUUGAAAAUGCAAAGUUCUUUUCCGUGUAAUUGUGUUUAUUUCUGAUGCUUAAUUACUGUGCGUGCAAUAAAGUAGUGUUUCAUAGCCGAACCGUGAGAUUUCAGUGGACCAACAAUAUUCGACAUAACUGAUCUACGGAUUGCAUAUUGGGUGUAAAGCAAACAGACGAAAAUAGGCGAGUUGUUAUCAAAGAAGCUAACAAGGAUUAAUCAUUCAAGGACAGUUUGAUAACAGUUCGCGGACUUCAACUACCUUUCCAUCAUCACCAUCAUCAUCAUCACCGUCGCCGCCAAUACCAGAGCAGCAGCUUCAGCAUCGUCGCCGUCGUGAAGUGGCCACCAGUGGCCGCGGCGGGCAUCAUGGGUGUUCAACGUUACAAAUUAAUAUUUAUACUGAUAUUUUUCAUCCACACAUCAACCGAUGCCGCCGCAGAAGCCAGUGCCGCUGGCGAUCCUCACGCCACAGCUGCCGUUUACCAUCAUCAGCCACAGCAGCAACAGCAGCAGCAGCACCAGCAGCGGCAUGGUGGCCGCGUAGGGUCGCCCAUCGCGAGUUCAGAUAACAAGGGACGAACACUGUUCUCGCCGCGCCUUGAGUACAACGAAUGGCAUCCCGUCGGCCGGGGUGACCCAUUGAAAAACGAUCCAACCUAUGACUACAGUCCACCUGUGCUCGAACGAGUGCGUUACUGGCCUGAAAAUAAAGCCAACAAGGACAAAUCAAGUGACAUCCUACUUCUCGGAGUGCCAUCAAAGAAAUCUAGUGCCAAUGUCGAGCACCAGUGGGCUAAUAAUAACGGUCCCAUUCGACGCAAUUACUAUCACCAGCAGAUCAACGAGUUACCGACAGUACUGAUGCCACCUCCUCUGAACAACCACCUUCAACCCGACGAUGUCUACCUUUGGACGCAAGCUACCACUCACCAAGUGCAACGCUAUGAACCACAGGCAGAAGGAUUCCGGUAUAGACCUGGCCCGCCAUCGCAACCCAGUCAAAGCUUCGUUAACCAAUAUUCAGGUCAAAAACACAACGAGCCAUCCAUGCAUCACGCCACACCAUACCAGCAGCAACUGCAAGCAAAUCCCAGUCAGCAAUACACGACUACAAUUCGCCUCACAUCUCCGAGUGAAUUUAGUUCCAAAAAGCCAAUCCUCCACACCAUCCUACAAAACGAAAAAGCCUACCCUUUCACUAAAACCUCCAUGAGCGGCGGCGUAACGGAGUACACAUCCAGCUACUAUAACCCUCAGUACAUCAACGCCAUGGCGACCACAAUAAUCCAUCCUCCCCAAACCACAGAAUAUCUCACAUCCGAAUCCUCCAACACGCUACCUCCCGUAAGCACCGACAUCAAGGCACCCCUCGUAACAUCAGCUGUAUUUAUUCCCCCAAUGACAUCCACUACCACUACCACAACACCUACACCCCCACCAGCACCAACCACUCCCGCCGACCCCUUCCUAGCGCACCUCCAACAAGCCCAACCGAAAGCCCCGCUCUACCUAAUCAUCGAAGGCCAUUCAAAGGUCAAAACCUACGGUCUGAACAACAACGACACCUUGAUGCAGCUGCCGAAAAUGGUUCCGGUGGUAGGAGCGAAGGACCCCAUAGUGCGACACGUUGUCAAUCGAGAUGAAGUUGGCGGUGCCGCCACCAUACCUCGCAUCACGAUGAACCCGGUUAUGACGUCAACGAUGGCACCGGUGAUGAUUUCCGUUUCCGAGGAGGAAACCAGCGCAGAGAAAUCCGCUGUGGAUUCGUUGCUCAGUCUGUUGGGUUCAUCGUUUGGCGAUUACUUUUCGAGUAAGGAUGCGAACGGUAACUCGAUUGACAGUGCCGAAAGCGGGGACAAGGAUUCUAAAUCGAGGAGGAAUGUUCGCAGCGUAGAGGAGGGACAACAUUUGUACGUGAUGGGGACGUUCCAAGUGGGAGACGAAAACAGCAGGCCAGUCUCGGGAGACUACACUCCCUAUCGGAAAGGAUCGGUGUUUGAUGAAAGUGGCAAUUUCAACAGGGAAGUGUACAAGUAUUGACCAAUGGGACGGCAACGAUGAUGUGAUGAGGAAUUCAGUUCAAAAUAUGUGUUCCGAGACGAAAUGUUAAUUAGUUUGUUGCUGUUAAGUUUGAAAAAUUUACAUUUUCGUUGAAAUGCGAACGCCACUGUUAUUUCGUGGCGUGGUGAUCGAUUAUCAUGUGACCAAUUGUAUAUAGAUAACAAUAGAACGUAGAUGUAGAUGUUAUAAGCCUAAAUAAAUAAGAACCAGACAAGAGAAGAAAUUCCAACUUUCAAAUCAUUGUACAACUAGUUUAAAAUUCUCGAAGCCAUUUUUCAGCAAAAAUGUAGCAGGGUGAGAUAAUACACGGAUUUGAAUAAUGC